AUGUCCUCCUGCAACCAUUGCCUCACACCGGCUGAUACCAAGAGCAAGUUGUCUUCGACCACUGGACCCCCGGUUGCUGACCCUACCCUCUAUCGCAGCCUUGCCGGUGCACUGCAAUAUCUCACUUUCACUAGUACCGACAUUUGCUAUGUUGUGCAACAAGUUUGUUUAUUAAUGCAUGAUCCGAGGGAACCUCAUAUGGCUGCUCUCAAGCGUAUCCUUCGCUACAUUCGUGGCACCCUCGACCACGAGCUUCUCCUCUCCCCCAAUCUGGACCUCUCUCUUGUCGCUUACUCUAACGCCGGUGGGUGGGUGGUUGUCCUGACACUCGUCUUUCGACAUCAGGCUAUUGCGUUUUCCUCGGCAACAACCUCAUCUCUUGGUCUUCCAAACGACAGGUCACCACUUCUCGGUCUAGUGCUGAGGCUGAAUAUCGAGUUGUCGCAAAUGCUGUCGCCGAAACAACUUGGUUACACAACCUACUUUUUGUGCUGCUUUGCCCUCUUUCGAAAUCCACCAUUAUCUAUUGUGACAACAUCAGUGCCGUCUACCUAUCCAAUAAUUCUAUUCAACACUGUCGCACAAAACAUGUGGAAAUUGAAAAUUGAUAUCCACUUUGUCCGCGACAAAGUUGCUUUGGGACACAUUCGAGUCCUCCACGUCCCAUCCGCCUACCAAUUUGCCGAUAUCAUCACGAAAGGACUCCCAACCCAACUGUUUCAGUAA